GAGAUUUGACAUGGAAGCGUUUUAAAACAAAGUAGAAGCUUCAUUAGCUUCAUAGUUCUCAAACAAUUGGAAUAUUGGAUGGUUAAUUUAGUGACAAAGGCCUACCAAGAAACAAUAUUGAUUAUUGUUUAAUCGUAUGCAAACAGAGAAUUUAAGUUUGUAAUUAGACUAAUUAUAUAUAUCAACCCAACAACCAACAACAUAAGUCAUAUAUUUUGUAAAUUUAUUGUGGUUAGGUAUAGUUUGCAAACAUGGCAUUAGCUCUCCAAAGACGAGCAAACGUUAGACUCCCACCAGAAGUUAAUAGAAUUCUGUACAUAAGAAAUUUGCCUUACAAAAUAUCUGCUGAAGAAAUGUACGACAUAUUUGGUAAAUAUGGAGCAAUCAGGCAGAUUCGAGUAGGAAAUACCCCAGAAACAAGAGGAACGGCUUUUGUAGUUUAUGAAGAUAUAUUUGAUGCCAAAAAUGCAUGUGAUCAUCUAUCAGGCUUUAAUGUCUGUAAUAGAUAUCUAGUGGUUUUGUACUAUAGAUCUAACAAAGCGUUUAAAGGUAUGGAUAUUGAGAAGAAGCAAGAAGAAAUUGAUGCACUCAAAAAGAAAUAUGGCAUAUCAAGUGAAGAUCUUCGCAAAUAAAUCCUUUUUUAAGUACA